UUUGCUUUUGGUAUAAAGUAAUUAUUUCAUAUAUGAAACAACAUAUUGAUUUUCAUCAAAAGUUAAUGAAAACGAUAAUUAUUUUUAUCUUUAUCUGAUUAUAUUUUAAGUCACAAUAUGCUCUAGGUAACGUAAACAAAGAAAAACAAAAACUCUACUGACGCUACGAAAAACUUCAGUCUUACUGAUACUUGGGAAGUUGACAAUCUGAAAAGAAGAUUGUAUCUGAAAUACUAAUCUUUUAAUUGUAGGUCCUUUGAUCUUAAUAGAUGUCGUCUUUCUUAAAAUCGCUGUUUUCAAAGCAAGAAGCUACCAAGGAAGAGCCCGCUCGCGCGGGUGGUGAAAAGCAAACUAAGAGGAAAAGCAAGAAAAAACAAAAAAAUGAUCCUGGAUGUACUCAAGAAAAAUGGGACGCAUUAGUGGAGAGCGGUGAAAAUUUGUCCGGAGUAGCUGAACCCUUUAAAGUCACGAUGGAGGAAUUGAAGAAGCACAAUACAAAAGACGACUGUUGGAUUGCUGUUCGAGGAAAAGUCUACAAUGUUACUGCUUAUGCUCCGUAUCACCCAGAUGGUGCAAAAAAGAUUUUUAAACACUCUGGCAUUGAUGCUACAAAGCAGUAUAUGAAGGCCCAUGCUGAUGUGAAUGAAGAAGAAAUGCUUAGAACCUGUUACGUUGGUCCUCUGGUUGAUUCAUAAAAACUUGAUGCAUUUUAAACCCCGCAAUGUACGGCCUGUUGAUAGGACGCGUGCUUAAUUUUAGAGAGUAAUGAAGCAAUUAAAGUAUAGUAUAAACAUUAUAAAUCACAUUAUAUUGCUUCAACUGGAUACUGUGGAAAUAAAAAUAUCUUUUAUAUUUGAAUCUUUAUUCAAGUAGACUCCGGCUUUUCUGUACAAGCAGUACCUCUCAACGUUGAAGUUGCUAUAACUAAAGUUCCUUUAAAAAGUUAUUUGUUUUGGAGUAUCCAAGUCGUUUAACAAUAUCACUAAGCUUUUUCUUGA